ACUCAGCCCGGCAAAGGCUUCCAUUGCAAAUGCUGGGAGUGAUCAGCGGAUCCAUCUAGGCAAGUUUGUUUCACGUUCCCUCAGAACGCAGUUUUUUGGUGAAGUGCGAGAAAUACCCGUAUGGAUCAAAACGAGAAAUUGCUGUGGUGCUAAACACAAAUACGCUGGAAGAGCACUGCUGUAGCCAUGAAAGACGACGACAUUGUGAUCACCGGUUUCUCGGCACGCUUUCCACAAGCUGACCACCUGGUCGAGUUCAAGGAGAAGCUGUAUGGGAAUGUCGACUUCAUCACGGAUGAUGAGGCUCGUUGGCCUAGGGGACUGCUGGGCUUGCCAGGAAGAAUGGGCACAAUUCGAGACCUUUCCCGGUUCGACGCCCGUUUCUUUGGCGUGAACCAGAAACAGGCGCACCUGAUGGACCCACAGAUGCGACUUCUGCUGGAGAUCUCAUACGAGGCCAUCGUGGAUGCCGGUUAUGACCCAGCGACGAUGCGGGGUCGCAACGUGGGAGUCUUCAUCGGCUGUGACUCCUGCGAUUCUGACGAAUCGUUCGCCAUCAACACAGACAAUAUUGACGGCUACGGUUUAGCUGGAAGCAACCUAGCCAUGUUGUCCAACCGCAUCUCUUACUCACUGGAUUUCCAUGGCCCGAGCAUCACGAUUGACACAGCGUGCUCAGCGACAUUAUCGGCCCUAAACCACGCCGUGCUGGCGAUACGUUCCGGGCAGUGCGAGGCAGCCAUUGUGGGUGGAAGUAUGAUUGCCCUCAAGCCUUCUACAACGCUAAGCUUCAUCCGUUUCGGCAUGCUCUCACCGGACGGGAUGUGCAAGCCCUUUGACGCCCAUGCGAAUGGCUACACCCGAAGCGAAACUGUGGGCGCCUUUUUUAUUCAACGCGCCAAGCAAGCUCGUCGAAUCUACUCACGAAUCAUCGGUAUCAAAGUCAACGCUGAUGGAUACAAGAAAGAAGGUAUCUCGGUGCCAUCGACAAAGGUACAGGAAAAGCUUUUACGGGAAGUCUACGCUGAAGCCAAGGUUGAUCCGCGCCGGGUGCUGUACCUUGAAGCUCACGGUACUGGAACUACAGUCGGCGACCCUGUGGAAUUGGCUGCCAUGAGCAGUUUUUUCUGCGGAUCAGAACGAGCUGAACCGCUCAAGAUAGGAUCUGUGAAGAGCAAUAUUGGCCACGCCGAAGCCGCCUCUGGAAUUUGUUCUCUGGCCAAAGUUAUUUUGGCUAUGGAAACGGGCACUAUUGCCGGCAACCUACACUUCAGCAAGCCAAACCCCAAGAUUCCAUCGUUGUUUGACGGCAGCCUUGAAGUCGUUGAUAAGCCGACAGCCUUUCCAGGUGGCUUGGUUGGCGUCAACUCAUUUGGCUUUGGCGGCGCCAAUGCGCAUGUUAUUCUCGAAGCGAAACCAGGGCCACACGUGGACGACAUUCCGCGCGAAAAGCCGGAGCUGCCUAGACUUGUUCUUUUGGCUGGAAGAAGCAGGGAGUCGCUUGAGCGGGCGAUGGACUGCGUCGAGGCCGAGGGACCGUACCCAGACUCCGCGUACGCUCUCCUGAACCUCGUAGCCCAGCCAGAUGUGGGGCGCGUUCCUUUUCGAGGCUACGUCUUGGUUCCCGAGGACGGCUCUGAGAAAGAAGUAUUGAAGGCAGCCGAGGACGCUCCUUCGAAAAAGCGGCCCCUGUGGUUUGUUUUCAGUGGAAUGGGAUGCCAGUGGCGAGGCAUGGCGCGAGAGAUGAUGGACUUUGACGUUUUUGCACGCUCUAUCAAUCAAUCGCACCAGGUCCUCAGACAGUUUGGCAUUGACCUCAUCGACUUGGUGACUUCCCAGAAGGAGGAAGAGACUAUGGCGGCUCUUUUCGCAUCGAUAAUCGCAGUUCAGGUGGCACUCGUAGAUGUGCUCUUUGCCAUAGGCAUUCGGCCAGAUGGCAUAGUCGGCCAUUCCAUGGGCGAGAUAGGCUGUGCUUACGCUGACGGUUGCUUCACAGCUGAACAGGCCGUUAUGUGCGCCUACUGGCGGGGACGUUGCGUAGAUCUCAGCGACCUCCCCAAAGGAGCCAUGGCAGCAGUGGGCUUAACAUGGGAGGAAGCGACAAGACGCUGCCGAGAUGGCGUGGAGCCUGCUUGCCACAACUCAAAGGACUCUGUUACCGUAUCUGGACCAGCCGACGCUGUUGCGGAUUUGGUUGAAACGCUUAGGGCUGAAAAUGUUUUCACUAGAAUGGUGAACACCGAGAACGUAGCCUACCACAGCAAACACGUGCACGGUGUCAGACCUGCCCUUCUAGAAGCCCUGAAAAAGGUUGUUACGGAACCAAAGCCCCGUAGCGAGCGCUGGCUGAGCUCCUCACUGCCGCCGCACCGCUGGCAUGAACCUCUCGCUCAAGUGUGCUCGGCGGAAUACCACGUCAACAACUUUGCAUCGCCUGUGCUGUUCUUCGAAGCGCUCCAGCAUGUACCACAGGACGCCAUAUUCGUGGAGGUAGCGCCACACUGCCUCCUUCAGGCUAUCUUGCGACGUGCCAUUGGCCCUGACGCUCGCUGCCUCGGCUUGAUGCAGCGCAAGGGUGACAAUCACACGUACUUCCUGAAUUCCUUGGGACAGUUACACUUGCUAGGCGUGCAAUUCGAUUUGUCACCACUCUACCCGCCUGUACCGCUGCCCGUACCACGUGGAACUCCGAGCAUCGGGCACCUCGUUAGCUGGGACCACUCUGAAACAUGGACCGUCACCAAGUGGAAUGAUUUCGCCGCAUUUGCUCAGCUGUCCGAGGACGUUGUGGAAGUUGAAGUGGGAAACCAUGCACGAGAUGGCUACUUGGCUGGACAUAGAAUUCAAGGGCGUGCUAUUUAUCCAGCCUCUGGGUACAUAGUGAUGGCUUGGAAGUCCUUCACGAAACGCAGUGGCAAGUCGUUUGAGGAGGUUCCAGUGGUCAUAGAAGAUGUGACCUUCCACCGAGCCGUGAUUCUGCCGAAAAUCGGUAGCGUGAAGUUCCUGGUCAACAUUAUGCGCGCAUCGGGAGAGUUCGAGAUCUCUGAAGCUGGAACGUUGGCGGCCAGUGGUCGCAUUCGCAUGGCCAGUAAGAACGAGUUCAUGGCUGACACGCAGGCGCCGACUACUCAAAGCAGUGACGUGGCCCACGACCUGGACACCGACGACAUAUACAAGGAGUUCCGACUGCGAGGUUACGAAUACAGCGGUCUCUUCCAGGGCAUUAUCAAGGCUAGCAUGCAAAAACCACACGGAAAGCUUCAGUGGCAUGGCAACUGGGUAACAUUCCUUGACACUAUGCUCCAGAUAACCCUUCUUCACAAUGCAAAGCGAAAUUGCAGGCUGCCCAUGAAGAUCCAGUCGUGCCGCAUUGACCCUAACAUUCAUUCUGAAGUCGCUAAGGAAGUCAAAGAUGGCGGUCUUGAUGUUCUCUACGACCCCUUCUACAAUAUUUUUCGUUCUGGAGGAAUUGCUGUGCUAGGACUCAAGUCUAAUGUUGCUCCUCAACGCAUCGAAGAGCAAGCGCCUCUCCUGAAUGCGCACACAUUUGUGCCGUAUAUGGACAACGAGGCUGAUAGCCAGAAAAGGGAAGCUUGCAUUCAAGAAUAUGUUGACGACUGCAAUUACAUUGCUCAGUGCUUAAUAAAUGGCAGCAGCAGCGACCUUAAAAUCACCAGCACAACCAGAAACAGUAAUGAGGUUCUUCAGCAAACGCAGCACCGCUACCUCAUGGAGACCGCCGAAAACCACGGGUUAUUACACGCUCUCGCCGCCAUUCAGAAAGAGGUUACUACUUCAACCAAGUCACUUGACUUUGUUAUCCAAUCUGCCGUGGCUACAUACCAGGGGCAGCUGGAACGUGACAUCCUUAUCACUAACCUUCUUGAAGAGAACCCUCUCAGGCACCUUCUUGAUGUGGUGGUUGAGAAUACCGGCGUAAAAGAGAUCCACAUUGUCGAGAUUGUGGUUGGAGAAGGCCACUGCCUCUUGGCUCCUCGUGUGUCAUCCCUACUGCCCAUUAGCAAUUCAUUGCUGAAUAUCGACUAUACUGUUGCUUACCAGUCUUCCGACUUUGUGAGACCGAAGCAAGCUCCCGAAGGAACCAGGAUAGUCAUAUGGGAUCCCUUAUCUGAUGCAAAUAACGGACUGCCCGAAGGUAACUUGAUUGUGAGCUGUCUGCCCACUUGGGGCUUGUACAGACUCGAAACACUGGCGGAGAAGCUCUCAAUGCAGUGUAAAAAUCAAGAAUUUGUCCUUCUCCUCACGCGUACUACCAUUACUGAGGCGGAGCGCUUGCUGUCGUCAUGUGGAAAAGUUCAGCUGACUGCGUACACGACCGAAAUGGUGCAAUCAUUGUUCAGCCGCCAUGGGUUUUGUGUGGUGGGACUCAAGUCAAAUAACGUUGCUACAUUGCUGCUGCUAAGAAAAAAGACCAUGGCUGAAGUAGCAAACAUGCAGGUUAUCAGAGUCAGCAAUAAUAAGUACGACUGGGUCCAGCCGCUGUCUUCGCAAGCCUUGGAGUUCGAGUGCAAGCCCGCCGGACACAAUCUAUGGCUUCUAGGGGAAGACCACGGAAUCAGUGGUGUCGUGGGCCUAACGAACUGUGUCCGUCUCGAAACCGGUGGAAAACACAUCAGGUGCCUAUUUGAUGCAAGCUUGAGCGAAUCAAAAUAUGCUGAAUUUGCCCUCGACAACCCAGCCCAUCUUGAUAUCUUAGAGAAAGACCUGGUCAUGAACGUCUACCGCGACGGACAAUGGGGAUCCUUUAGAUACAGCGACACACUGCUACACUGUGCCAAGAAGACUACCACAGAGUUUGCCUACCUCAGCAUUCAGGCACGUGGUGAUUUGUCAAGCCUGCAGUGGUACGUCUCUCCACUAGGCUACACUUCGGCCUCCGGCUCCGCCGACGAGGUGUUGUGCACCGUCUACUACGCUCCUCUCAAUUUUCGUGACGUCAUGCUCGCGACUGGGAGACUCUCACCUGAUGCAGUGCCUGGUGCGCUCGCCAGCUUUGACUGUCCCCUGGGUAUGGAGUUCUCGGGCCGUGACCCGCAAGGACGUCGCGUCAUGGGCUUGGUGCCCGCCCGAGGCAUCGGAACUGUCGUGGCCGUGAACCCUGCUUUCCUGUUGGAGGUGCCCGAAACAUGGAGCCUCAAGGAGGCCGCCACCGUUCCGGUGGCAUACUCUACUGCAUACUACGCCCUCCUGGUGCGUGGGAACAUGCAACCGGGACAGUCGCUUCUCGUUCAUUCGGGCAGCGGAGGUGUUGGUCAAGCUAGCAUCUCCAUUGCGCUCUCCAUGGGAUGCACCGUCUUCACUACUGUUGGUUCUGAGGAAAAGCGGCGAUUUCUCAUGCGUCGCUUUCCGCAGCUCGACUAUAGGAACGUCGCUAACUCACGUGAUAUCUCCUUCGAAGAGCACGUUCUACGAGAAACUAAAGGAAAAGGUGUAGAUCUUGUCAUCAACUCCUUGGCUGAGGAAAAACUCCAAGCCAGUGUGCGCUGCCUGGCGAUCAACGGCCGCUUCCUCGAGAUCGGCAAGUUUGAUUUGUCCAAGGACUCCCCAUUAGGAAUGUCUGUGUUUUUGAAAGGCGUGACGUUCCACGGAAUCUUGUUGGAGCUUCUACUCAGAGACGACGCUUUCGCCGUAGCAGAAUGGCGCUGCGUAGCGGAACUACUGCGCAGCGGCAUUGCCUCGGGCGCCGUGCAACCGCUUGAUGUCAUCCAGUACCCGAAGGAACAAGCCGAAGAGGCAUUCCGGUUUAUGGCUUCUGGGAAACACAUAGGCAAAAUUGUACUCGAGAUCCGUGAAGAGGAAACUCCUCGGAAGAGGUUGCCACCAUCUCCACUUACUGUCGAAGUCACGGCCCGCACCUGGUUCUACAUGCACAAGUCAUAUAUAAUUGUCGGAGGAUUGGGCGGCUUUGGCUUGGAACUUGCCGAGUGGAUGGUGAACCGCGGAUGUCGAAAGUUGGUGCUUACCACGCGAUCCGGAGUGUGCACAGGAUAUCAGCGUAUUUGUCUGCAUAGGUGGGAACAGUCUGGAGUCAAUGUCCUUGUGAGUAAGGCAGACGCGUCUACAGAAGAUGGAGCACGAAAAGUUAUCCUGGAAGCUACAACUAUGGGACCCGUGGGAGGUAUCUUCAACGUUGCUGUAGUGCUUCGCGAUGGACUUCUCGAGAGCCAGACAGCCGAAAACUUUGAGACCGUUUUCAAAAUCAAGAUUAAUGGCACUCAGAACAUGGAUGAGCUCUCUCGUCAACUGUGCCCGGAGCUAGACCAUUUCGUUGUCUUUUCAUCCCUUUCCUCGGGUCACGGUAAUGUUGGGCAAACUAACUACGGCUAUGCCAACUCCGCAAUGGAACGCAUCUGCGAACGCCGGUCUGCCCGCGGACUUCCUGGUCUGGCCAUCCAAUGGGGCGCCAUCGCUGAUGUCGGCGUGUUCCGCGAGAUGAUGGGUGAUGACGCGAUCGUGAAUGGCACGGUGCCACAGCGAAUCACUUCGUGCAUGACUGCAAUGGACCAAUUUUUAAACCAGAGCCAUCCCGUGGUUUGCAGCUGCGUAAAGGCUGAUAAGUUCUGCGAAGAGAUUGGAAACAAAAAGCACGACAUCGUCGAUUCUGUCUUGCACAUCAUCGGUGGGAAAAAUGCGUCAACUCUGAACACGGAUAUUGCUUUCGGGGAGAUGGGCAUGGACUCCCUUAUGGCCGUCGAGGUGAAGCAAACAAUCGAGCGAGAGUGCGGGAUAUCGAUGUCAAUGAAAGAGGUCAGGCAACUUAACAUCAACCAGCUUCGCCAGAUCAGCGAUGACAUCGGAGCGAAGAAGCGUAUGUGAAGGCAUAUGAGGCAU